GCCUGCUCUUCCUGUCAAGUUUGGACAGGUACUCUACCUGCGGUCCACGCCCUCUUCUGUGCCGCUGCGCGCAAGUGUUCGUGAGCAGGAAGUGGCUGUCAGCGACGCUGCUGCUGUUGUUGUAACGUUUGGAAAUGCAGCUGUAAGCUGUAUCUGAAAGAGAGGCGGCGAUUUUAGAUUAUCUUUUUAACUUACAAAAACAAUCAUUUAAAAUUAUUUUGCUUUUAUUUAUUUUUAUUAUUUUUUUUGAGGACAUGCGGCUCUGCAGGACCUGCGCUCUCCUGGCGCUUCUGUUUCUGGCAGUCUUGGAUUCGUCAGAAUCCCAGCAGGAGGUCGUUCGACCAGACAAAGGCUUGAAUGUGACAGUGUCCACCGAGCAGCCAAAAUGUUUUGUGUGCAUCGUCAGCAAGGUGAACAGCACACCGCUUCCCUGCCACUCCUCUCUCUCUCUGGUACCUGAAGUUGAGACCACACUGCAGUUUUCCUGCCCCCAGCCUGUCGAGCAGGCUUACACUGUGACGAUUGCUCACUCCAUCGAAUGCACUGAAAAUGCCUGCAGCCCACCAACUCUGCAAACUCAACCAUCCAUCCUGACUAACUUUGCCAGAAUCUUCACCUGGGAUCUGAAUGCAGCUCAGGACACAGUCGUGCGCCUGAGCAUCAUCGAAGGAGGGCUGACGGACACAUCACAGCCAUGCUCAGAUGGACAUCAGUUCUCUGUGUCCACAUCCAUAGCCAGCAGCAAGGCCCAGACUCAAUACUGUCGAGGCGGUUCUGUGAAAAGUUUGUAUCUGAUCAAUCCAGCUGUCGUGUCUCUGCAAGUGAAACCAAAGGCUCAGGUGGUCAGUGAGCUGUUUCAGACCUCCGUCACACAACUGAAAACUGAGGUCAUAAGCGUUGAUUCCAGCACGACCAUGGUCCUCAGCCGGGACCCGAAGGAAUCGGUUUGUGAAGUGUGCACCGCUGAAGGCCCCACUCUCACCUGCAGCACGGAAAAGACGCUGAACAAUGUUGAGAAACUGUCAGUGGUGUUCAGCUGCCCGAAACCACAAGACGGGUUCAAUGUGAAGAUAAAAAAGACAAUAGAAUGCACCAAGACUUCCUGCAAACCUUCUACAGCAGAAAUUGUUCCCGACCAACUUAAUGCCUUCAAAAGAUCCUUGACGUGGGACAUCAGUGUCCCAGAGAGUACUGUAUUAACGCUGGACUUUCCUGGUGGUGGUUUGAAGGAGAUUUCUGCAGGGGUGACCUGCCCAGAUGUCUAUCAGUACUCAGUGAGUACAAUUAAACGCAGUGGCGAAAUUCAAAGUAACAAGUACUGCAAAGGCGGAACAGUGUCUGAUCUGAAUCUGCUUGGAGCAACGACUGUGACUAUUGAAGUGCCCAAAGGAGAAAAACUGGAGUCGGCAGCAUUUAAUGUCAAAGCAACAGAGAGAGCUAGCAGAAUGAUGUCUGUGGCCUCUGAAAUCAAGAAAACCAAAAUUAUCAUCACGAAGGUGAAUCAAGAGCUCCACUGCAACGUGUGUCAGAUGGCGCCUUACCAGAAAUGCUACCCUGAAACCCUAGCACUGUUUGCUCCUUGCAACGUCUCAGUAGAGUUUACCUGCCCUCGACCUCAAGAUGUCUUCAGUGUGGAGGUCAACAGAGAAAUUGACGGCCCGUUCUCUGGUGACCCGGUUCAGGCCGAGUCCUCGGUGCUCCCAGAGUUCAACCGGACCUUCAAGUGGGACUUGAAAACUAAUUUCACUCACACAUUCCAACUGGACUUCCCAGAACAGGGACUGAGACAGAUUUCCAGUGAGGAGACAUGCCCGGAUGAGCACAAGUACUCUUUUAUUAUCUAUUUACGCGGGCAGGCAAAUAUUGGUACCUUCUGCAGAGGAGGAUCUGUGACCACCAUCCAGGGUCGCUACAAGGGCCGCGUGUCUCUAAAGGUGCCGGCGAAUGCAAAGAUGGAUCCUUUUGAAUUCAAACUCAGUGGCGGGCCUGAGACAAACAUGAUCGCGAUAGUGGGGGUCAACCUACCACGAGGUGUAUCGGACACAACACUCGUGACAGCUAACUUUCCUCGAGACUUCCCUGACAACAUGCAGAUGCAGUGGAGCUUCACGGUGCCCGGGAUGCACAACUACACCGUGCUCUUUGAUCACGUCACACCCCCCGAGUGCCUCAACAAUGGAGAGGUGACGGUGGAGUAUCAGGCAGGGGCCAAGACGGUAACCAAAGCUCUAAAGGAUCCUCAGCCAGAGCAUCAACAGGGCAACUUCAACAUGGUGCUGACAAAUUGUCAAACCAACACGACGCUGCCAGGUCUCACGCUGAACUACAGGGUCUCUGUGGUGAGGAGCGGCCGUCCAGUUUUGUGCACCGUGGAUCUAACCAAAGACCCGGGAGUGUCCCUGCAGAUUGAGAAUCUAAAUUCUGCCUCCUACUGUGAGAUCAGCAUCAACUCUGAGGUUAAAGAGAAGAUAAAUGUGACUGCGGGAUCAAUAGCCAAACUGUCCUUCCUCGACUGCCCAAAUGACGACAUACGCCUGACUGCCAAAAAAGUUAUUGACUGCAAGAACACAGAGUCGUGCCCGGUGACUACACUUUCUGUGUCCACAAUGGAGCCUUGCCUGCCAAUGCCCCUCAACAGCUUCACCUGGCACCUCAACAUCCCCGAAACCAAAACGUGGGACCUGGUGUCACCAAAAGGAAGUUUGCGGCAGUCCCUGCCCAGCCAGGAGUGUAAAGAGCCUUUUUCUCUGCACUUGGCAGAAGAAGAGGGUAGCAAUUUUGUUGGAAAUUUCUGCUUUGAUGGCGUAAUCCAAAAAAUCCAAGUGCACGCCAACAUCUCCAUCACAGCUCCGGGACAGCAGUUAAGCAGGAUGACGGGGUCUUUCCUCAAUAUCAGCGUCAGCGAGGAGAUCACAGAGACCAUUAUUUACACGGUCAGUCCUGACACGAUGUCUCCAACACUGCUGGCGACCCCCAACUGGCCUCAGGGUAUGAAAUCUUACCGCACCCUAAGCUGGAUCGUCACGCUGCCCAACCAGUACAAAGCACAGCUCAAUUUUAACGUCACACAGCCUCAAUGUAAAGAGGGACACACAGGAAUCGAUGUGAGGACGAUAGAGAACAGAGAGCUGAAACUAAGUAUUUCAGAAAAUGAUCCGCUGGUGGUGGAACAGUUGGUGGGUGAAAGUUUCUAUCUCAACAUGUCCAACUGUGAACCAGAGACUCGUCAAUUUAGUGCACUGACCACAAUCAAUCUGCAGAGGAAGCAGAAUUUCUUACCCAUCGUCCUUGGGAUAUCAGGAGCUAUUUUGUUUUUGCUUCUAGUGCUAGCUGUUGUAUGCAUUGUCACAAAGAAAAAGAAAAAUCAAAAAAGGAACAGGGGAUCGUCCAUAUACAUGCCCAAAGGGAAUAUCUUCCGGCCAUCUGACAUGCACUUCACCAAAACCAGAUCUGAAAAUGAAUCUCAUGUCUAUGACUCCAUAGAUGAAACGAUGGUCUAUGGCCAUCUGCUGAGUAACUCCAGCCACGGCGAGGCGUUUCCAGACCAGUAUAACGGCAUUCAGACAGACACCUACCGCACUUUCACAGGCCCCGCUGAUGGAGCGCUGCCUGUCAUUAAAGAACCAGAUCCACAGCCCGGGGACAAAAUGUUUAUGGAUCCCUCUGAGACUUUCAUACCAUCCCGUCCACGUACUCCCAUCAACCGACAGGACAGCCUCGGCUUCCAGGACCGCAGGAUGAUUGACAAUGAGCUAUACACAUUCAAGACCACAGGGGACAUAAACACCAUCCGACUCUCUGCUGCUGAUAUGGAGCCCAUACCGGAUGACUAUUUGUAGUGUGUCAGGACCACAGCCAUCCAAUGAACUGCUAUUACAAAAUCCUCCUUACAGCACCAAGUAUCUGCCAAGGGGUACUCAUGCACGUGUCUGUGCUGUGACUAUACUCAGGGAGUCUGAGCUUAUAUGUCUAAGCGGUAUUUGGUAGAACUCAGUCUGCUCUAGAGAUCCAAGAGUGAAAGCAGUGAGCCCUGUUUUUAAAAGUCUGGAAAAUAACGUCCCUGGGAUACAAAGAGUGCAUGUACAAAAGCUUUUCCUUUAUGCUUGUGCAACGUUUCAUAACAUUGUGGUCUCACUAAUGGCUCAGACAUAAGGAACACAUCUGGCUCGACCCAUCGCAGCUCUAGACAAAUGCAGUUAGUAGAGAAAAGCAAAAAGUGUACUUACUGCAGUGUUGAGGCAGCCAUGAACCUCAGUGUGAAAGCACACGAUUGGCUCAUGUAGUUCCAACAUGAGCUGUUGAUUGGUUCUUUUUUUUUUUAGCUGCUUUAUGUAAUUGUCCCAUAGCUUUUUAUUAAGGAUCCUUGAUCCCAGAGAUAUGGCUCACAAUCUUUUCAUCUUACUCCCAGACAGAAAAAGCAGCAACUACUAUUUCUUGAAUGUUUGUUUGUUUUUGUUUUUUUUUUAAACUUGUUUAAAGUAUGGAAAAUGGAAAAUUAUCCGUUAUUGUUGUUUGUAAAUGUUUUUUAUCUUGUUGACUAGUAUUUUUUUUAUUUUAUUUUUUUAAGAUUUGCCUUUUCUUAGCCUGUACAUACCAGAAUUGUUUUGUUUUUGUUUUGACUUGCAAUAAAUUGUCAGUGUAUGAUGGGGAAGCGGUGUAGCCUUACGUGACCUUACGGCCAUCAUUACCUCAUCUGAAGUGAUGUUUCAUUUUCCCUCUUGUGCUUAAACAUGGGCUUCUUUGCAUGCUGGACACUAAAAAAAGCUGUUUCAGCGCAGGAACUCCAACUAUAAAAACAGUGUGAGGAGAAGGAGGGUGUGGAAGAACCGCUGAAGAUUCGCAGCUACUGUUUACCAAGGAGCAUAGCGGAAAUAACAAAUGCAGAGGCCAGGUUUAUGUGACAUUUCUAAACUGCAGACGAUUUUUAAAUAAAGUCUGCAC